AUAAAAUCGUCGAGCACAACAUACCAAUAUGUUUUAUCAACACACACAUUUCCACGAAUGACGAUGUCAUGAGCGAACUUAUCAAUACGUACUUAAACUGCUCUCUUAGGUCUUGAUAAUACACAAUAAGCUACGAAGGCACAGGGACAGUCACAGUCGAAAUAAAAACAGCUGAAAUGGCAUCAGGAGACCACCACCAUGGUAAAACGAAAGUGGUUUAUCAAUUUAAUCCUGCCGACUAUGGUCCGUUCAACGUUUUGGACGGCGACCACUUCAACAACUUCACCGGCGGAAGCUACUAUAUGACAACUCCAAAAGAGGAUAACAUCAUGCUGUAUCGACUUUAUGGAGGAAAUGCUACUGCCGAGGGUCAGUAUUGGACUCUUGAGCCUAGACAAGGCAAUGACGGAUAUCGACACGACGCUGCUGUAUUGAAACCAUGGAACACACUGGAGCACGCCGUGGAGCUUAUCGUCCCCAGGGGUGUCCAUAUGUACGAAGGGUUUGUUGGGCGCCAAAAAGGUUACCUUGGCGGUGGGUGGCAGGUAUUCAUUCCUAGAGAGGUCGUCAAAAGUCUGUUUAGAAUGCAGCACAAUACUGAAAACAAAAAGGUGAAAGACCAGGAGAUGGAAGCGAUAAAAAAAUUCCAAGAGCAAAAAAGGAAGCUAUGGGAAAAUAAGUUGAACAAGCACAUGGAGUCAAACGCGUUUGCAAAAGGAAGCUUUUUGCGGCAACUGCCCUCCGACGUCAGCCGAUUUUUAACGCUGAAAUCGGGUGACUCGUCGUCCGGAGAAAAAGUGAAAGAGGGCAAGUACCUCCUUCAUCGCGACAGCGUCCCAAGAAUCGGCGGAGGAAGAAUCAACGUCAGUAUUUCAGUGAAGAUUGAGUUUGUAAGAAGCGAGACCCAAACAUGCCAGUCUGAUAAAGCUAUUGUUACGACAAUUACAAACUAUUACAACCGAAUUACUAUUAUCGAAGAAACGGUGAGCUAAAGACUUCUUACAAAUAUUACAACAUACAUGUACACAGAGAUUUCCUGUCAAAUAAAUUGUAUCAGAGACGUAGAUAACAAGUCUCUGAAUGA